AUGGCUACUAAAACGGGUUCCCCUGAUGGCAAUCGCUCUCCCCCCGCGCCGACUCCCGAGAACUCACCCGAGUACACGUUCAAAAACGAAGACCCGAGUCAUCGACCGCCGUAUUCGCAGCAGCCGCUCGAUGAAUUCGGCGAGACCAAAUGGCGCGGCCAUUGCCAGUGUGGCAGGAUAUCAUACUCGUUGAGACGCCAGCGGCCAUUGAAGGCCAAGUUCUGUCACUGUCGCGGAUGUCAAGUUAUGCACGGCGCGCCCUUCCAGUGGGCAGCUAUUUUCCCCAAGGAUGAUAUGCGAUUCGAUAACGGCACUGGCGGUCUGUCGUUUUAUGCCGCCACAGAAAAAACCACCAGAUACCAAACACCCACGAAGGUGUCGUGCUCGUACUGUCGGACUCCGAUCAUGGAUGAAGGGCGCAACAUGUGUCUGGUGUUUCCGCAGUUGAUUGACUUUUCCCACUCGCCGGAGGAGCAACGGGAGCGAAUUUCAACGUUCUUGCCAACGUGCCACAUUUUCUAUGAAUACCGAUUGAGGGAUAUCCCGGACGGGAUCAAAAAGUGGAAGGGAAUGGACGAGAGCAGUGAGCUUCUGGAUGACAACGGCAAGCCGCUCGAGAAAUAA